AACAGGAGCCUUCCUUGAGUAACUGCUUGGAGUUAACAUUGUUUCCUGUUGGCAGAAUCAGGGACAUGCCAGCACUAGCGGGAUGAGUGGGUUCUCCGGCGGGGAUGUGGUCAUUGAUGGCCAGUGAGGGUGAGAGUGCCACAGCCCACUUCUUCCUUGGAGCUGGAGAUGAGGGGCUGGGCACCCGUGGAAUAGGCAUGAGGACGGAAGAGAGUGACAGCGAGCUCCUUGAGGACGAGGAGGAUGAAGUGCCUCCUGAACCUCAGAUCAUUGUUGGCAUCUGUGCCAUGACCAAGAAAUCCAAGUCCAAGCCAAUGACCCAAAUUCUAGAGAGACUCUGCAGAUUUGAUUACCUGACUGUUAUCAUCCUGGGAGAAGAUGUGAUCCUUAAUGAACCUGUGGAAAACUGGCCAUCCUGCCACUGCCUCAUCUCUUUCCAUUCCAAAGGCUUUCCUCUGGACAAAGCUGUUGCUUACUCCAAGCUUCGAAACCCCUUUCUUAUCAAUGAUCUGGCCAUGCAGUAUUACAUCCAAGAUAGGAGGGAGGUGUACCGGAUCCUGCAGGAGGAGGGUAUUGAUCUGCCUCGGUAUGCUGUGCUCAAUCGUGACCCUGCCCGGCCUGAGGAGUGCAAUCUGAUAGAAGGUGAAGACCAAGUAGAGGUCAAUGGAGCUGUCUUUCCCAAGCCCUUUGUGGAGAAGCCAGUGAGUGCAGAGGACCACAAUGUUUACAUCUACUACCCCAGCUCAGCUGGAGGAGGAAGCCAGCGCCUUUUCCGUAAGAUUGGCAGCCGAAGCAGCGUUUACUCUCCUGAGAGCAGCGUCCGAAAGACAGGGUCAUACAUCUAUGAGGAGUUUAUGCCAACGGAUGGCACAGAUGUCAAGGUAUAUACAGUGGGGCCAGAUUAUGCCCAUGCUGAAGCUAGAAAAUCUCCGGCUUUGGAUGGGAAGGUUGAACGAGACAGUGAGGGGAAAGAGAUUCGCUAUCCAGUCAUGCUGACUGCCAUGGAGAAGCUGGUGGCCAGGAAAGUCUGCGUAGCUUUUAAGCAAACAGUUUGUGGAUUUGACCUUCUUCGUGCCAAUGGUCACUCCUUUGUGUGUGAUGUCAAUGGCUUCAGUUUUGUCAAGAACUCCAUGAAAUACUAUGAUGACUGUGCCAAGAUUCUGGGUAACACCAUCAUGAGGGAGCUUGCCCCGCAGUUCCAGAUCCCAUGGUCCAUCCCCACAGAGGCUGAGGACAUUCCUAUUGUCCCUACCACAUCUGGCACUAUGAUGGAACUUCGUUGUGUCAUUGCAAUUAUCCGUCAUGGGGAUCGUACUCCUAAGCAGAAGAUGAAAAUGGAAGUGACACACCCAAGGUUUUUUACUCUAUUUGAAAAACAUGGUGGCUACAAGACAGGGAAAUUAAAACUCAAGCGACCCGAGCAGCUCCAGGAGGUGCUGGACAUCACAAGGCUGUUGUUGGCUGAACUGGAGAAAGAACCAGGUGGUGAGAUCGAGGAGAAGACUGGGAAACUAGAGCAGCUGAAGUCUGUGUUGGAGAUGUAUGGUCACUUCUCAGGUAUCAACCGGAAGGUGCAAUUGACUUACUACCCUCAUGGAGUAAAAGCUUCUAAUGGGGGGCAAGAUCCACAGGGCGGGGCCCUGGCCCCAUCUUUAUUGCUGGUACUGAAGUGGGGUGGAGAACUGACUCCUGCUGGCCGUGUUCAGGCUGAGGAGCUGGGGCGAGCUUUUCGCUGCAUGUAUCCUGGAGGACAGGGUGACUAUGCUGGCUUCCCUGGUUGUGGGCUGCUUCGUCUCCAUAGCACUUUCCGCCAUGAUCUCAAGAUCUAUGCCUCUGACGAGGGCCGUGUCCAGAUGACUGCUGCUGCCUUUGCCAAGGGCCUUCUGGCUCUAGAAGGGGAGCUGACACCCAUUUUGGUACAAAUGGUGAAGAGUGCCAACAUGAAUGGGCUCCUGGACAGCGACGGUGACUCUUUGAGCAGUUGCCAGCACCGGGUGAAGGCUCGGCUGCACCAUAUUUUGCAGCAGGAUGCACCCUUUGGCCCCGAAGACUAUGAUCAGCUGGCUCCCACUGGAAGUACUUCCCUGCUCAACUCCAUGACUAUCAUCCAGAAUCCUGUGAAGGUCUGUGAUCAGGUAUUUGCCCUGAUUGAAAACCUCACCCAUCAGAUACAAGAGCGGAUGCAGGACCCCAAGUCUGCAGACCUGCAACUCUAUCACAGUGAGACACUAGAGCUAAUGCUACAGCGUUGGAGCAAGCUGGAACGUGACUUUCGACAGAAGAGUGGACGCUAUGAUAUCAGUAAGAUCCCUGACAUCUAUGACUGUGUCAAGUAUGACGUGCAGCACAAUGGAAGUCUGGGACUUCAAGGCACAGCGGAGUUGCUACAUCUCUCUAAGGCGUUGGCUGAUGUGGUCAUUCCCCAGGAGUACGGAAUCAGUCGGGAAGAGAAACUGGAAAUUGCUGUGGGCUUCUGUCUUCCACUGUUGCGGAAGAUACUACUUGACUUACAGAGAACCCAUGAGGAUGAGUCCGUCAACAAGCUGCAUCCCCUGUACUCCCGAGGAGUGCUCUCCCCAGGUCGCCACGUUCGAACACGUCUCUAUUUCACCAGCGAGAGCCACGUCCACUCCCUACUCAGUGUCUUCCGUUAUGGGGGACUUCUCGAUGAGACCCAGGAUAUGCAAUGGCAGCGAGCUUUGGCUUAUCUUAGUGCCAUCUCAGAGCUCAACUACAUGACCCAGAUUGUCAUCAUGCUUUAUGAGGACAACACGCAGGAUCCCUUAUCAGAAGAACGGUUCCAUGUGGAGCUACACUUCAGCCCUGGAGUGAAAGGCGUCGAGGAGGAAGGCAGUGCCCCAACUGGCUGUGGAUUCCGUCCAGCCUCUUCUGAGAAUGAGGAGAUGACAGCAGACCAAGGCAGCAUGGAGAACCUGUGCCCAGGGAAGGCAUCAGAUGAGCCAGACCGGGCAUUGCAGACUUCACCUCAGCCUUCUGAGGGCCCUGGCCUCCCGAGGAGAUCACCCCUCGUUCGUAACCGAAAAGCCGGCUCCAUGGAGGUACUUUCCGAGACUUCAUCCUCCAGGCCUGGUGGCUACAGGCUCUUUUCAUCUUCACGACCACCAGCAGAGAUGAAGCAUAGUGGCCUAGGCUCGCAGUGCACAGGGCUGUUCAGCACCACGGUGCUGGGUGGCUCCUCCAGUGCUCCGAAUCUUCAGGACUACGCCCGCAGCCAUGGCAAAAAGCUACCACCUGCCAGUCUGAAGCACCGAGAUGAGCUCUUGUUUGUCCCGGCCGUUAAACGAUUUUCUGUGUCGUUUGCAAAGCAUCCGACUAACGGAUUUGAAGGAUGCUCCAUGGUGCCUACCAUCUACCCCCUGGAAACACUGCAUAAUGCCCUUUCCCUGCGUAAAGUGAGCGAAUUCUUGAGUAGAGUCUGCCAGCGCCACACUGAUGCCCAGGCACAGGCCUCUGCAGCCCUCUUUGACUCUCUGCACAGCAACCAGGCCUCAGAUAGCCCAUUUUCCCCACCCCGUACUCUUCACUCACCUCCCCUGCAACUUCAGCAGCGCUCUGAGAGGCCCCCUUGGUACAGCAGUGGCCCUUCCAGCACUGUGUCCAGUGCUGGUCCUUCUUCCCCUACUGCAGUUGAUGGUAACUCCCAUUUUGGCUUCAGUGAUCAACCCUCCCUAAAUUCACAUGUGAACGAAGAACGUCAAGGCCUUGAGCUACUCCAGGAGACCCUCAGGAAUGGAGCACAAGAGCUAGCCAUAGAAGGGGAGCAAGAACCAUUUGAACUGAACCAAUCUCCACAGAUGCCACCUGUGGAAAUUAGCCAGCCAUGCCAGGAGCUUGCUGAAGAGGUCAGCCAGCCAUGUCAGGAGGUCCCGGACAUCAGCCAGCCAUGCCAGAACAUCCCUGAGGAGGUCAGCCAGCCAUGCCAGGAGGUCCCUGACAUCAGCCAGCCAUGCCAGGAGAACCAUGACAAUCUUAACCACACAUGCCAGGAGGUCCCUCAGAUCAGCCAGCCAUGCCAGAAGGCCAGCCAACUGUGCCAGAAAGUCUCUGAGGAAGUAUGCCAGCUUUGCCAGGAGAACCCUGAAGAGGUCAGCCAGCCAUACCAGGUGGUCCCUCUGGAGGUUGGCAGGCUGGUCCAUGGGUUCCCUGUAGGGGAUGGGGGCCUGGUUCAGGAAACCCUUGUGGAAGUUGGUAGACCAGCCCAAGAGAUCCCUGAGGAGCUCAGCCAGCCAUGCCAGAAGUUUUCUUUGGAGGUUGGCAGGCUAGCCCAGGGGGCUUCUGUAAUCAAUCUGUUGUCUCAGGACAUCCCUGAGGUUGAUAAACCAUCCCAAGAGUUCCCUGGGGAAAUUGCUCUGCAGGCCCUGGAGGUCCCUGAAGAAGUUAAUCAGCAGUCCUGGGUGGUCCCUAAGGUGAUUGACCAGCUGCCUGGAGAGGAUGUUCCUCAAGUCCAGUAUCUGUCUAGUGAUCCAAACCCUCAAAGCCAAUCUCCAGCCCGUGACCAGCAGUCACCUCUUCCACCAGCAACAUGUAAUUAAUUAUUUUCUCAUGAGUGGUGUCACACUAUACCAGCCAUUUGAGCCAGCAACCUUUUCUCUUGGCUAACUCACUAGCCAGCAUGAGGCCUUGGCUCUCACCAGAGGUGUCUGAGGAAGCAGUUGUCUUGGCAUGAAGCAUACCUGUGCCAGAGCCUUGCUUGAGGAGGAGCCAAUUUCAUGUUCAGAGUAGCCAUUGGCUCCUCACCUGGCCAUUAGACUUGAAUAGGAUUUCCUUGGGGUGGGCUGGUCUGUCAUUACCCAUCCUACUCUGAGCAUUGCAGGAAAUCACAGAUCAUUAAAGAAAAUUCCACUUAACUACUGAAGACACCAUCCGGGGAUAGCAAAUGCAAAAAGAGAGACUCCCAGGUCUUCACUUUUCUGGGAAAUGUUCACAACUUCUC